UUCAGAAGAUGCUGCAAACAAGACCAGUAAAGGACCUGUCGUGAUUCCAGAAGAUCCCAUAAACAAGACCGGCAAAGGACUUACAGCAAUUCCAGAAGAUGCUGCAAACAAGACCGGCAGUGGACCUGUUGUGAUUCCAGAAGAUGCCACAAACAAGAAGAGCAGCCGUACCUCGGGGGGCUUCGCCAGAGGUUUUGGAGGCUGUACACCCCAGCCUUGUUUUUCUCGUAAACAACCAUCAUCAUGUCCAGUCCAUGCGAAAGCUCAAAAAGACCCAGCUGAGAUACCCAGCAAAGUCCCCCCAGGUACUUACAAACCAUACUCUGGAGGAUGGAGAAGAACCAAGAAGCCCCCUUGUCCAACCGACUUCAAAGGGCCUGCUGCAGCCAUCGUGCAUGGGACUAUGGAAGUCAGAAGGAAGGGAGACCAUAAUGUUGCUGAACAGAUGUUUCCUGAUCUGGCUGAUCUGCAGCCAGGAGACUUGAUAGAAGUCUUUCGCUUUGGAUACCAGCACUGGGCCCUCUACGUAGGAAAUGGCUACGUGAUCCAUCUGGCGCCGCCAACUGAAUACGCUGGGGCGGGCUGCGCCAGCCUCAUGUCCACUUUGACUGACAAGGCCCUGGUCAAGAAGGAGCUGCUAAGGGACGUGGUUGGGAGGAACCGCUACCGAGUCAACAACAAGCACGACUCCAAGUACCCCCCUCUGCCCGUUACCAAGAUUGUCCAACGGGCUGAAGAGAUGGUGGGCCAGGAGCUGCUGUACAAAGUCACGAGCGAGAACUGUGAGCACUUUGUCACCGAGCUUCGAUAUGGUGUGGCCAAAAGUGACCAGGUCCGAGAUGCUUUGGUGGGCGUUGGCAUUGCAGGGCUGGGCUUGGCCACCCUGGGAAUCAUCGGUGCCAUGGUCAAGAGGAAGAGGCAACAGAACCAAUAACAGAACCAAUUACAGAGACUCUGAGACUUCUGUGUUCUCGUGGGUUGUUUUGUCUGUGUCAGUAGUCUAAAAAAGAAAUGGUUUCCAUGGGGACCGUUGUCCCGGAGACCUUCCGACCCAUAACUCCCUGCCAGGGUUCCCCUGGACUUGCAAGAAAAAAUGGGCAGGACAGUGCAUAUGUAUAACUACAUUGCCUCCGUUGUGUAGAGAGAGGCCGGAUUGGCUCGAGAAGGGUCUCUUAUGUAUGUUAAGUGCCAUUAAAUUGCAACCAACAUAUGGUGACAA